ACUCCCAACUGGACUGCCAGCGAGCGGCUGCUACUUUGAGAACGAGCGACGCGUUCCUGCGUACGGGUCCCGUCGACGUUUCCGAAAGACCCGUUUCCGCGUUGUUACGUUAUACGGUUUAAACUCCAAUACCAUCCGAGUGUUUUGUUGCGACAGUCUUAUCAGAGUUUGCUCCUCUACCUGACACCACCCCCCGCGUUCGGUCCGUUCCCACCUACCGGAUAAAAUAUCGCUGAGGUAUCGCCCCCCGGUCGUAGUACAACAGUGUGAUCGCGAAUCGUCGCGUAAUUAUCUCUCUCGUAACGCGCCUCAUGUGCACGGAAAGAUAGUGAAGAAACUCUUGGAGGUAUCACCGACAGUACAGACUUUAAGCGCCGAUGUGACGAGUGGAAUCGUGUGAUAUAAUACGCCGAGUGACAGUGACAUUUUUCCGGAAUAAACAGUGAGUAACGACGAUAAUCGAUACAUCGUUAAUAAUCGUCAAAAGUGACAGGCCAGUGAGGGGAUUUCGCCGUUGACAGCGGUGGGCAAUUUUAACAAUCGUACAAAUGUUGGGAGUAGUCGAGUGAAGUUCCCGAUCCCGAGAUCGGGCCGAAACCCAGAGCCUGCAGACGGCGAGACGAUGCAACACUGAUCGGAUACUGGAUCGGACCGGGUACGUCGGUGGAUCGAGGCACAGGUAGACACGUACCUACAUGAGACCGAUCAUAAUUCGCGAUUAGGCGGUUCGUUAGUGACAAAAGUAUCGAGGAUCGCGUAUCGGUGCAGGGCCUCCGCGUUUACUGGAUAGAGCGACCCUGCCGAGUGUGUGACACAACCCAUGGACCACGGAGCGAUGGACAGUUCCUCCGAACACAGCAGCCGCGCCAGCCCAGUCACCGGUAGCCCAAAGCACCCAGCGCACAGUCCCUCGAACCAAACUCAGCCCCAACACCACAGCUCGCAGCACCAACAGCCGCCCCUGCCGUUGCACCAGCAGUCCCAUCCUCGGGACCAAAUCCGCGAACAGCAACAGCAGCAACAGCAGCAACAACAGCAGCAGCAUCAGCAGCACAGGGGUGUCGCAACACCGGGGUCACCUACGCGGGGCUCGCCACCUCAGGGCCUGCCGCUGAGCCCGCCGCCGUUGUCGGCCGGAGGGGGACCGGGAGCACCUCCGGGAAUGGUCCCGAGGAUGCCGGGCCUGCCGCCGCCGGGUCUCGGCUUGCUGGGCCAGCUCGGUGGAAUGCUGGGCGGCCACCACGGAUCGCCGCUUGAAUUGAUGGCCGCGCACCACGCGGUCCUGCCCCCCAGGUCGUACAACAGCCCGCCGCCGAUAAGCUCGAGUGACCCGACCGCGAACGAGUGCAAACUGGUUGAUUACCGCGGGCAGAAAGUAGCCGCGUUCAUUAUCGGAGGCGACACCAUGCUCUGCCUGCCCCAGGCCUUCGAACUCUUCCUGAAGCACCUGGUCGGCGGGCUUCACACCGUCUACACGAAGCUCAAGAGGCUCGACAUCGUGCCGCUGGUCUGCAACGUCGAACAAGUCAGGAUCCUCAGAGGAUUGGGCGCGAUUCAGCCGGGUGUCAAUCGGUGCAAGCUGCUCAGCUGCAAGGACUUCGACGUGCUUUACAGGGACUGCACCACCGCCAGGAACAGCUAUCAAUUGGGGUACAGCAUCUUUCCAGAAGUUUAUAGACGAAGGCCCGGGAGACCCCCGAAAAGAGCCUCCGUCGGCCUCAGCCUUGCCGCCAGCCACCUCGCAGCCGCUGCCGGACACCAUCCUCAUCAUCCCCUCAAGAAACACCGCAUGGACAACGGCGACUACUACGAGAACGGGCAUCUAGAUGUACCAAGAAUGGAGAAAUCCCCGCUUCUAGCCAACGGAUACAACCACCCACCCACACACUUGAGUCACAUGCAGUUCAUGCAGCUUGGAGGACAUCCCGGCGCUGGUCACACGGCGAUCCUGUCGCCAGCCAGUCUGCCACACCACCUUCAAGCUCAGGCAAGAGCCGAGCAGGGUCUCAAGGUCAACCCGAACAUGCCAAACAUGGAGGCAAUCGCAAGAUCUGGGAUUUGGGAAAACUGCAGAGCAGCCUACGAGGACAUCGUCAAGCACCUUGAAAGACUGAGAGAGGAGAGAGGAGACGCGGAGCGGGCUCUGGCACUGGACCACAAACCCCGUGACCUCAGUUCCCACAACGGCUCCUCGAACGGACACAGUCCGGUCCUCAACUUGUCCAAAACCGCCGGCAGCGGCAGCGUCGGCGAACAAUCCGGCAGCGAGGCCGGCGCCUCUCAUCGUUCGCAGGACGACGAGGACGACGAGGACAACUUGUCCGACGAUCUCGAGGACGAUAACGUCAAGGACGAGGAUCUCUCGGACGUGCCGGAGAACCUCCCGCUGCCAGCGCCCGGCUCCGAAAGUCCGCAAGCUUUAAAUUACUCCCAAAUAGCCUCGGCGGCGGUUGCCGUGUCGCAGGGUGGGCAGGACCCCUCGGUUUCCAGCACCGAGACCCUCCUCAGGAACAUCCAGGGCCUCCUCGAGGUCGCGGCGGACAACGCGCGGCGGCAGGAGCGCAAGGUCAACCACGAGAAAGCCGAACUUAGGAUGGACGUACUCAGGGAGAAGGAGGUUAAAGACAGCUUGGAAAGGCAGCUACAAGAUGAACAGAAGAUCCGUGUGGCCUACCAGAAACGCCUGAAAAAGGAACGCAGGGUGAGAAAACGACUCCAAGAUCAACUCGACCUUGAGAUGAAGCGACGCACCCAACUCGAGGAGGCCCUAAAGGCCACGGGGGCAUCGACGGAACAAGUCAGAGCUCUCACGGACAACAUAUCCACGGAAGCACGCACAAUCGCCGAGCCCCCUGAAGAGAGCCCUGUGCAUCCGCAAACCCAACAGCAGCAGUCUCAGCAGCAACCCGCUCAGCCAGCCCAGCAGUAUAGAGACUCUCAGGCGACUCGUCCACCCCAGCAACCACCUACGCCGGAAAAACCAGGGUGGGGUUACAGCGGGCUCGACCUAAUCGGAAACCAGGCUGCCUCCGCCUUUUGGCAAAAUUACCAAGAAUCCCUGGCCCAGGAGCUCGAACUCGAGAGGAAAUCCCGACAGCAUCAGGGCGCCGAACGGGAACAAGUCAAAUCCCCACUGCAAGAGUCUCGGACGGGUUACUACAAGAAUUCGGUCCUCUUCACGAGCGCGACUUAGAUAGUGGAUCGCUCGACGACGAUGGAAAGAGGUCGUCGUGUAGAAAAAUCUAGUUACAUAGGUAUAAACAAAAUACCACAGAGAGGAGCGUCGCGCGAACGCACAGAGCCGAUGAUCCGUCCUCCGGGCUCGAGGAUCACCUGAAGGAAGAUCAACGCUGUCAAUGAGCCUCGAGUUCUUGUACGUUCCUUAUCAUACAUAACGUAUAUAUAUAUAUAUAUAUAUACCUAUUGCGUUUAAAGUUGGAUACCCGUAACUUGUGGCGUGAAAAUUGGUUCAAAACAAAUAAAAUAUGAAAAAAAGAAAAGAAAACAAAGCCGAACAUUUUUUAACGACGAUAUAACUGAUCGCUACAGAUAUCAUACGACAGUAUAUAUAUGUAUACACGUAUAAUGCAAAUAUAUCCAUCGGUAUACGUAUGAUGUGCAUACAGUGUGUGAUAUGACGUACGAGCGGAGAGUAUGUGAGGUACUUCCAGCGGGGCUUACGGACGUUCGACAUCAUGUACGAUUAAAAACUGAAAUGAAAAAUUAGAUUAAAGUAAACGUUAUAUUGCGACGCUAUCUCAACGUAUGAUAAUAAAAAUAAUAAUAUACCAUACUAUAAGUGUAUCCUAUAGCUCGUGAACUGAUUGAAAAUCAGGCCAAGAGGUGUAUUAUAUUAUAUAAUAUAGCGUAUUAAUUAAUUACUGCAGUCAUCAAACGACAACUCGUGUAGGUAAAUAUACAUAUACAUAAUAUACAUACUACAGAUUCGAUAUAAGUUGGAUCGACGUUCAUCGCAAUCAUUUUCGUCAUCGUUAUCACGCAUCGUCAUUAUCGUUGACUUUGUCAUUAUUAUUAUUAUCAUUAUUAUUAUUAUUAUUAUUAUUAUUAUUAUUACGUCAUUAUAUACUAUCAUUAAACACCUAGUAUUACAUUACCAUCAAGAAUUAUAGUUGUCAAGAAUUUUGUUACGCAACACGCGAGUCGCGUUUAAAUACCCGUAACAUUAUACGCAAAAAAAUAAAAAUAAAAAUUCGAAUCGAACAAGAAGAAAGAACAACAAAUUUCUUUUCCCCGUGCGUAUAAAUGUAAUACGUACAUAUAUGUACGUGUAAGGCAAAAAACGUUUUAGUUCAAUUACACCAUUAUACAUAUAUAUAUAUAUAUACAAAUAUUAUGCAUGUACAGUGUGGGUAACAUAUCAAUUACAAAUCGGAUCAUCAUAUUUCGAACGCGGAUGAUUAAACCAAUUAUAUAUUAUAUAUAUACAUACGUACGUAUAUAUAUAUAUAUAUAUGUGUACGUGUAUAUAUAUAUAUAUAUAUAUACAUAUACGUACCUAUACAUAUACCUUUUCAUUUCUAAUAUUAAUGUAUAAUUUAUUCGUUAGCGCGUAUGUAAUAAUAUUUAACGAAGCGAUCAAAGAUGUGACUUUUAAACCUAUAAAUAUAAAUAAUUAUUACGUGAAUGAAAAAUUAAAAAAAUGAAAAUAAUUGAUAAUAAAAUUUAACUAAAAAAAAAAAAUAUAUUUAUAAAGACUGCUUGAGAGUGUGCGCGAGCGUUCCUAGAAGUACUAAUUAUUACAUCAAUUAUGUAUUAUUAUUACAUUAUUAUUAUUAUUAUUUAGGUAGGAGUGUGAUAAGCGUAAAAUUUCUAUUAUCUUUUCUUUAUUCGGAAUUUUUGAUUCGUAUUCUCCAUCUUCUUACAAUAUCCUCAAUAUUUUUCAACGUGUGCAGUGAAUUUGAACAGUGCAUGAUUAUAAUUACAUCGCGCGUCGUUUUCUUUGAUUUGACUAUUAGAUCAGAUCAUGAUCCUACAAAACCGGGAUAAAUGAACCGAGACGAUGCAUGAAUUCGAUUCAAUUGGCGAAAAUGUAUCCAGCUCGUAAUCGAUACCCGGUGAAGAGUCAAAAUUGCAAUUCAGUCUGCCGAUAAACAUGUAUUUGAGUAAACUAGAGAGAACGAGAGAAAGAGAGAGAGAGAGAGAGAGAGAGAGAGAGUGAGAAAGACACACACGAUACACACCCAGCUGUUGAAUUGUACAAUGCAUACAUCAUAUUAUUACAAACGAAAGUUUUCCAACAAUUUACCUUUAAACCAUUAUUUAUAUACCAUACCAUUAAACUGCAGUUAUAUAUACUUAUAUAUAUAUUCGCGUUUCGCUUUCGACUCGAGGCCGAUCAGGAUAUUUGGAAAUAUUACGUAUACGCAGGUAACAUCCACGAUUAUUUCCAUCGAUCCUCGAGGCAUCCCGCGUACCUAUCACACAUAUACAUAUACAUAUAAAUAUAAAUAUAAAAUCGUGUACAAAGAUUAUCCUCUAAGGUUCUUGUGUUGUAAAGAUCACAUAAUCAUAGCGAUUAGGGUAUGAAAUAACUAUAAAAAUUUAAUACCUAGACUCGAGAAUUAACCACCGAUAUCUCAACUUUAUUGCCAUUAUACAUACACACACACAUAUAUAUAUAUACAUACACGAUAUACAUGAUAUAUUCAAGUAUAUACACCGUCGGUGUAACUUAUCAACGAAGAAUCCUUCAAACAACCCACAAGUCCGAGCCUCUCGCUCGAUAUCAAGCAGUUAUCGUCGUUAUUGCGGUAUAACGUACAACGACAAUCCGCGUUAAUUGUCCCGCACAAAAUGUUGUAUAUACACCGCGAUUCGUUUCUCAUUUGCACAUAUGUACAGAGACUGCAGGCAUUUUGCGUUCCGCGAUAAAAGGAUCAUCGUCCGUCGAUCUUGAUCUAUCGAAAGUCCGAAUUUCUCAAAGCCGGAAUAAUUUUUGCUACGGGAAACGAUUCUUCGUUUGGUCGUUAUUCGUCAUUUUUAUUAUUAUUAUCACUAUUACCAUCGUCGCUAUCGUCAUCGUCAUUAUUAUUAUUAUUACUGUCAUUAUUACUGUCAUCAUUUAAAACUCGGCAAGUUUAACGAGAGAAUGGAAUAGAAGAGAAAUUCAAUGUAGUUAUGAAUAAAUGCAGAGUGUGAGAAUACGAAAACGGGGGAAAAGCGUAAGAGUGAAAAAAAAAAAAACGAACAAAAAAACACAAGUAAAAUAAGAGAAAAAUACAAAACGCGCUGUAGACGCAAAAUGAAAAUUACCAUCUGAAAAUCGCCAUUGCUAAUAUAUAUAUAUAUAUGUAUGUAUAUGUAUAUAUAAGCCCGACCCGUUGCACGAUUCAACUAAUUAUUAUUAUUAUUAUUAUUAAUAUUAAUAUUAUUACAUUACGUUACUUGCGUUAGAAAUAUAAAUAAAAGAACGGGCGGGGAUCAGUGGCGACUUUCAAAGCUCAGACUUACUAUAUACAAUCUAGCAUGGAAAAGAGAGGGAAGAAGAGGAAG